AAUUCAGACGGGUUCUCAAAAUCUUUGUGUACAUACACGUUUUUAUUAUAAUUUUUACGAAAUUUUAAGUAAAUGUAAGGUAAAAAGUACGCAUAAUUAAGUAGUUUUUCGAAACAGUUUUUAACCAACAUGUCUGCAAAUUCAAAUUCACUGGAAGUCUCACCCAAUAGUACUUUAACCUUCACGAAAACCAACGAUAGACAAGAAAUAAUCAUCAGAAAUGUUGGCGAAAAGACAGUGACCUACAAGGUGCAAAGCACAGUGCAUGGCAAGUUCAAUAUACGACCCCGCUGGGGAGUCCUGAACCCCAAUGAGCACUCUCAUGUCGUCAUAACCAUGUGCAAGGAUGCCGAGCUCUCGAGGAAGGGACGCGACAAGAUAGUGGUCGUUUGCAUGGUUUCGCCCAUCAAUGCUGUGGACUUUGACAUGACCACCUCCUUCUGGCGCCACAAUAUCUGCUACGAUCCAAAUAUCGAGAAGCACCACCUCACCUGCCAUCAAAUUAAUGGGCAGGGUGUAGGCGAUGGUGAGGGUGAGGGCGUGGGCAUGGACGUGGGCGUGGGCAAUGGAGGCGAUAAGGAUGCGGAGCCGGACGAUCUAAGGUUUCGCCGGGGUUUAUUCCCAUCAUUUUGCAGUAUUCGCAUUCCGAGCAAGUACUGGCGAUAGUUUUCAACACGGGGGAGACAGUGUGCUUCCUUUACCUUUAGAACCCUUCAGUCCAGACUGGAGUGUCAAUUAUCCCGCCCCAGCAUUUUGCCCUAAUGGCUGCAAUGACUAAGUAAUUGGUUAGCAGCCCUACCUUGUCUUUCCAUUGCGCCUCUAUGGGCCAACAUUGUUGAUGAUGAGCCUUCAUUAAAAACUAAGAGCGUGUCUAUCUCUCUGUGA